AUGGCACCGCUCCCCCUUGUCCGCAACGUGUGCCUACUAUGCCGGUCCUGUCUGUCUGUCCGUCCGUCGCACUCGUGGUUGCUGCAGUCCUGGCGCCAUGCCGCCACCCAAGCCCGCCGUCGGAAACCGGCUCGAAUGACCUUGUCGAAAAACGUCGCUAAUCCCACGGUGCAGUAUGGCCAGGGCCGGCAACGGCCCCCGCGGCUAUACAACAGCCCAUUUGGUGGAAUGAAUCAAACCAGCGCCAACCUACAAGAUCGGCGGCGUCCGCGAUCCCAGGCCGAACUGCGCAGGGCAGAGUUUGCGGAGGACAAGGAUGCUGGGGAAAGGCCAAAGCGCCAGAGGUCGCAGCCUACCAGGAAAUUCUUAAAAAUGCAGCAAUCGCUUGUAUCCGUUUCAUAUAAACGACGGAACCGUAUUAAAGAAACGCUCGCUUCUAUCACCUCCUUCGACCAAUUCGAACUACUUCCAUCUGUCAAACAAGCCAUCUACACCCAGGCCUUACCCAACUUAGACUACGUCAAACCUACUCCUAUUCAACGACUAGCCAUACCAGCAGUACUCAAAGGUGCCUCCGCUGUACCGAGCAAUGAGCAUGUCUUAGGAAAAUUCGACCAGUAUCUUUUAGCUGGUGAAACUGGUUCUGGGAAGACAUUGGCCUAUCUGAUUCCGGUGAUUGAUUCUAUGAAACGGUCUGAGGAUAUAGAUAAGGAAGAAGAAUUAAAAUCGGCGAGAAACCAACAAAAGAAGAAAGAGGUAGCCGCACACCAAAAGGCAAAAACUGCAAACGUAUUUGAGCUGGAAGAGCCUACGGACGAGGAACCUGCUCCAGCCCCCAAGAACAUCAUUAAACCCAAAGUGUUAAUUCUAGUACCGACGUUAGAGCUAGUCGAGCAGAUUGGUAGAAUUGUGAAGGAGAUGGCCCACACAGUAAAGUAUCGCUCGGCGCUUCUAGCAUCCAUGUUUACUCCGCGCAAGAUCAGGAACACACUGUUCAACCCCGCUGGUGCCGAUAUCCUUGUGGCCACACCUCAUAUGGUAGAAGCUAUCGCCAAAUCUAACCCUUACAUCUUAAGCCGCGUUACGCAUCUUGUCGUCGACGAAGCUGAUUCUAUGUUUGAUAAAUCUUUUGGCCCGAAAACGAAUUUCAUCAUCGAUAGGGCAGCAUCGAGCCUUAAACAACUUAUUCUCUGCUCCGCUACGAUCACGAACUCGCUCGACAAAUGCUUACGUUUACGGUUUCCCGAAAUUAACCGACUUGUAACCCCUGGCCUCCAUUCGAUACCCCGGAGGGUACAACUUGGUGUUGUGGAUAUUGAUAAGUACCCCUUUAGGGGCAGAAGAGAUCUGGCGUGUGCUAGCACUGUCUCUUCCAUUAUAAAAGGUGGAAAUGAGCCCAAACCAAUCAUUGUUUUCGUAAACGAACGAGAGACUGCCGAGCAGCUUGCCGUAUUUCUAAAAAGCAAAAUGAUUGAUGCUAUGUCAUUGACGCGCGACACCACUGAUCAACGCCGAGCUCGAAUACUCGCUGACCUCUCCAAAACAAGCUCUUCAAAGGUUCCAGAAAGCCAUGGGCUCCUAAAAAACAAAGGUCUCGGCGACCAUCCGCAGAUUACUGAUUCAAUUGGGCCUUCUGACUCACCCAUGCCUAGCACAAAGGUCAUUGUUGUGACAGACCUUGCCUCCCGCGGCAUUGACACCACCCUAGUUCGAACAGUCAUUCUAUAUGACGUUCCUCAUAAUACGAUUGAUUUCGUCCAUCGCCUGGGUCGCCUAGGCCGCAUGGGUAGCCGUGGUCGCGGUAUUGUUUUAGUGGGCAAGCAUGACCGUAAAGAUAUUGUCCGAGAAGUUCGGGAGUCCAUGUUCCUUGGACAGGCUCUAAUUUGA